UCCCACGCUCAACUUCCGCUAGUCUAAAGAAAUUAUAAUUUUGAACUAGUUGACCUAUACAGGCAUCUGUGGUUGCCUUUUUCCUGUUUUAACAACGGCUGUGCUAACCGAAGUGGUUAAACUUAGUUUUGAGCGUCUCUCAGGACAAUUGUGAGAUAUUAAAUAGUCCUUCCUGAAACCAUCAAGAAGAAAAAUGUCUGUGACAUUGCAUACAGAUGUAGGUGAUAUUAAAAUAGAAGUCUUCUGUGAGAGAACACCCAAAACAUGUGAGAAUUUCUUGGCUCUUUGUGCCAGUAAUUACUACAAUGGCUGUAUAUUUCAUAGAAAUAUCAAGGGUUUCAUGGUUCAAACAGGAGAUCCAACAGGUACUGGAAGAGGAGGUAGCAGUAUCUGGGGCAAGAAGUUUGAGGAUGAAUACAGUGAAUAUCUUAAGCACAAUGUUAGAGGUGUUGUAUCUAUGGCUAAUAAUGGCCCAAACACUAAUGGAUCUCAGUUCUUCAUCACCUAUGGCAAGCAGCCACAUUUGGACAUGAAAUACACAGUAUUUGGAAAGGUAAUAGAUGGUCUGGAAACUCUAGAUGAAUUGGAGAAGUUGCCAGUAAAUGAGAAGACAUAUCGACCUCUUAAUGACGUGCACAUUAAGGACAUAACUAUUCAUGCCAAUCCAUUUGCUCAAUAGCUAUAAUAGACGUGGACAAAGACUUAGCAAACUAUUUGCUGGAACACACACACCUAGUGUGGUUUACCCAGUUUUAAUUAUGUCAGAGAUUGCAUCAGCCUUCUCCUUGUUUACAACUAAGAUCUUCUCUGAAAUGGUGGUAUCAAGAAGAGCCCAACAGCUUUUACCCCCAUUCUUAGAGCAUGUUCUUUACACCAUUAUCCAAUGUAUUUUUUAAAUUUUAAUAUAAAAAAUACCUUUUGUUUAAUUUUUGUUACAUAUAAACUUUCAUUUUUAAAUGCUAAGCCUCAGUUAAGUGCUGACAUUUUUGAGUAUCCUAAUUACAUACUCCUACUAUAUCUA